AUGAAGCUCAAGUAUCUUUCUAGUAUUAUUCCAGCACAGGAUGGUGAAGCAAAAAUUACAAGCAUUGUUUGCUCACCAAACGGAACCCGGACCGCAAUCGCAUGUGCUGAUCGGUCUGUCGCUUUACUCGAUGAAAAUGGCAAUCAAAAAGACAGAUUCACCUGUAAACCUGUAGAUUCUAAGUAUGGAAAGAAAUCGUUCAACGUCUUGUGCAUGACAUUUUCUCCUGAUUCGUCACGCAUCGCUAUCGGUCAGAGUGACAAUGUGCUGUUCAUCUACAAAGUCGGAACCUCUUGGAACGAAAAGAAAGUGAUUGUCAACAAAUUUGUGCAACCAUCGGCGGUGACUUGUUUGAGUUGGCCAUUUGAUGACAAAAUAUUGAUAGGGCAAUUAGAUGGGAAAGUCCGAAUUGGUCUAAUCAAAACCAACAAAUGCAGCUCGUUAUUCAAAACCGACGAAACAGUGGUUUCAAUUCAAACACAUCCAAAGAAAACAUCCUUUGUUUCGGCACAUCAAGACGGAUCGAUCAUCUUGUACAACUUCAGUAGCAGGACUCAGUCAAAAAUUUGCACUCUCCAAGUCCCUCCAUAUAACUUGGUCUUCACUAAUCAUGGCCUUGUCGUUGCAACUGCUGACAGAAGAGUUUUGUCCUACACCGAAAACGGAGUGGUUCAACAACAAUUCGAUUACAAUGACCAAGUGGAAAAGGAAUUCUCGUCAAUUUCAUGUGAUCCGACUGCCCAGAAUGUUGUUGUUGCAAGUUAUGAUAGACUCCGAUUGUUUUCAUGGUCUGCUCGACGUGGUGCGUGGGACGAAGGAGCUCCGCUGGAAAUCCAAAACGCGUAUUCAAUUGAUGCUCUUGGUUGGAAAAUGGAUGGCAGCACUAUCUAUGCUGGAACUGUCUGUGGUGCUGUCUUUUCUGUGGAUUGUUGCUUGCGUCGUGGAAUGCUAAAAAGCCGAUUCGAAACUACCUACGUGGCUCCUUCUCACGUUAUAGUUCGAGAUGUUGUAAGCGAAACCAGAACAAAUUUAAUCUCCAAUAGAGGAUUGGCAAUUGAUGAGCUGAAAAUAAUGGGAAAAGAUAGAUUCGUCAUUGGAUACACUUCCUCGACUAUCAUCAUAGCAGACACAGAAUCUCAGCAGUUCUCAGAGCUAGAGUGGCAGAGUGGUGGUCAUGAAAAGUUCUAUUUUGACUUCAACAACUGUUGUCUUAUUGUCAAUGCUGGAGAAGUGACAGUUGUCGAAUAUGGAGUUGAUGGAUCGUUGGGAUGGGUGAGAACUGAGCUCACUAGUCCUCAUUUACUUAGUGUUCAAAUCAGUGGAUCAGAUGUUGAAGACCACAAGAAAGUGAAGAAGUUGGCCUAUCUGGUGGACCCUACUACUAUUUCUAUCAUCAACCUCAUUAACAGCCAACAAGAAAGUUUCAUCAAUCAUCCUGGACCAAUCGACUGGAUUGAGCUCAAUGAGCCAGCUACUAAGCUUCUCUACCGAGAUAAACGAUCUAAAGUGACAUUGGUAGAUAUUGAUUCUGAUCAACGGACGGUUCUUCUCUCUUUCUGCACUUAUGUCCAAUGGGUGCCAAUGAGCGAUGUUAUCGUGGCACAGAGUGGUGACAAUUUGUCAGUUUGGUAUAAUCCAGAUCUCCCGGAACAAGUCACCAAUAUGAAAAUUAAAGGAGAAAUUGAAGCGGUAUUAAGAGAUGCAGACAGAACGGAAGUCAUUGUACAGGAACCUACUGCAAAAGUCGCAUAUGAAUUGGACAACACCCAGAUUGAAUUUGGUGCAGCAUUGGAGAAGAAAGACUUUGAUAGAGCAGUUGCAUUCCUGGAAUCUAAUACAGUUGGUUCGGAUUCCUAUUCCAUGUGGACAAGGGUGGCAGAAAUGGCUUUGGAGCAUGGAAAUUUGUUUGUGGCUCAGAGGUGUUAUGCAGCAAUCAACAAUGUUGCAAAAGUAAAAAAAUUACAUGAUAUUCUCGAAAUUGCGGACGAAGCAGCAAUAACUAUCGGUGGAGAUGGAACACAUUUCUACAAAGUUCGUGCUAUGUUGGCUAUCAUGGGAAGACGAUUCAAAGAAGCGGAACGUAUCUUCCUGGAACAGAAUGACACCGAAUCAGCCAUUGGGAUGUAUACCUCACUACACAAAUGGGAUGAAGCAUUGGAAUUGGCAAGAGUGAUCAACUAUCCAGAGUACGAGCAACUGAAGACCAGUUAUCUCCGUGCUCUUAGUGAGACCGGACAAGACUCCAAAGCAGCGGAGCUCAAAGUAUCCGAUGGCGACACAAUGGCUGCUAUACAGUUGUAUAUGAAAGCCAACAAACCUCUUUCGGCACUAUCUGCUGUCAACAGCGACAGUAUUCUUUCCCAAGAUGAAGGCGUGCUCCGACAAAUAGCGGAGUCGUUGGUCAAAUCACAGUUGUAUGAUAAAGCUGGAGAUGUGUAUGAGAAACUGAAAGAUUUUGACAAGGCUAUUGAAUAUUAUAAGAAGGGUGAUGCAUUUGGAAAAGCAAUUCAGUUGGCAAGAUUUGCCUAUCCGGAAAAAGUGGUUGAUUUGGAGCAAGAAUGGGGCCUCCAUUUAGAAUAUAUCGGGCAGUAUGAUGCAGCUGUCAACCAUUUCGUUGAAGCAAAUGACCUCAAAAAAGCAGUUGAAGCGGCGAUACGUGCCAAAGAGUGGCCGAAAGCGUUAUCGAUUGUGGAAAAUAUACAAGAUCAAAAAAUACGCACUGGUUACUAUGGAGAAAUCGCGGACCACUAUUCGAGCAAAGGAGAAUUCGAGAGAGCUGAACGCUUAUUUGUGGAGGCUGGCCUGUUCAAUGACGCGAUUCUGAUGUAUGGAAAAAAUAGCAAAUGGAUUGAUGCAUUCCGUCUGUCGGAAGAGUUUCAUGGAAAAGAAGCGACAAUUUCAUCAUAUCUUGCAAAAGCUGAAGAUUUGGACGAGCACGGAAGAUUUGCAGAGGCUGAACAGCUGUAUAUCACUAUAGGAAUGCCACACAAAGCAGUUCAAAUGUAUGAUCGGGUUGGAAGAGAUGAAGAUGUACUCAGACUAGUGGAGAGAUAUCAUGGGGAUCAUUUGCAGGAAACAAGAAAACGUUUUGCUACUCAAUAUGAAGAACGCGGCGAUUUGAGAGCUGCGGAAGAGGAAUUCUUAAAGGCAGGCGACUUCCGAGCGGCUAUAAACAUGUAUAAAGAGAACGAAAUGUGGUCGGAUGCCUACCGAAUUGCGAAAAAUGAAGGAGGAGAAAACAUGGAGAAACAGGUUCUGUUCAUGUGGGCUAAAAGUAUUGGUGGUGACGCAGCUGUGAAGCUAUUGAAUAAACAUGGCAUGUUAAUGGAAGGAAUCGAUUUUGCCUGUGAAUCUGGAGCUUAUGAUUUGGCGUUUGAUCUCUCAAGAAUUGGAGCAAAAGAACAAAUGCCAGCUGUACAUGUUAGAUUGGCGUCUCAAUUGGAAGAGGAAGGACGGCUUGAAGAUGCGUCGAAACACUAUGUGGAGGGUAACAAGCCAGAACUAGCCGUCGAAAUGUUCAUUCGGGACAAUGACUGGGCGGCUGCUGAGAGGAUUGCAAAAGAACACUGUACCAAUCUUUUACCCGAAGUCUACACCGGUCAAGCUCGCCGUGCAAUUGAAGAAGGUGAUCAUCUACGAGCGGAGACGUUCCUCUUGAGAGCCAACAAACCAGAUAUUAUCCUGAGAUACUUUGUGGAAAAUGGAAUGUGGCCGGAUGCUCUCCGAAUUGCCCAACACUACCUUCCCCAUCAAGCAGCACUUAUUCAAGAAGAGUAUGAAAAGUCCGAACUGAGAAAUGGAGCUCGUGGUGUCGACUCUUUCAUUGCUCAAGCUAAAGAAUGGGAACAACAGGGUGACUGGAGGAAAGCGGUGUCUGCGUUGCUCAGGAUUAACCGAGAUUCCACAGAUAAUGCCGCUUUGAUUAAACAGAGUGUAGAAAAAGCUGCCGAUUUGGUGAUGAAGUUUCUUAUGGGAGAGGAUGAGUACGUUGGAAGUGUGCUCGGAGCCCUGGAUGAGUCAAACUGCCACGAAAAAGCAGCUGAGCUGUUGUUGCUGUUUGGUCAAACAAGACAGGCAAUUACAGCUCUCUGUCGUGCCAAGCAAUGGGGAAAAGCAAAACAGGUUGCGGAAGAGUAUCUACCUGAGAUGAUUUCUGAAAUAGAGAGAAACUACAAGGAAAGUCUGAAGACUGAAGGAAGGCUAGGUGAGCUCAUCGAUGUAGAUGUCGUCACUGCAAUUGAGAUGAUGAUUGAACACGACCAGUGGGAUAAGGCGCUGGAUACCGCUAAAGCUCAAAAUUACCGCCCACUUCUGGACAAGUAUCUCGCUCAAUAUGCGGCCAUCCUUUUGCACCGAAGCGAUUUUUCGAAAGUUCUUUCUAUUCUUGAGAGAUACGGAGCUUCUGGAAACCCUGCUAAUUUUUCAAUUUACAAACAUUUGAUGGAAGAAACAAUGGCGAAGCAACGAUUCGAAUACAGUGAGGUUGCUCGACUCCGCAAUGUUCACUUGGAUGCGUUCAUCGCCUUGAAAAAAGAGAACUCCGAGCAUCUUAACGAGUUCAAAAGGUCAUUAUGGGCCCUGCACUUGAUUGCAAUGCGUACUGCGCUGGAAGAGUUAGGAAAUGGAAUCCCAGAAGUACAAAAGUUAUGCAUGAAGCAAUCACUAUCUUUGUUGAGAUAUACUGACAUUCUCCCGCCAGAUCGUAUAUUCUAUGAAGCUGGCGCUGCUGCAAAAGAUGUUGGUCAAGGAUAUGAAUCUCUUGGUUUCCUGCUGUUGAAUCAUUAUUUGGAUUUGGUUGAUGCAAUUGAAGAGGGAAAUGGUGAACUUGUGGAUUAUAGUCCAUUUGAGAACAGUGAUAUUCCAACAGAAGUUUCACUUCCUACACGACAAUGGCUGGAGAGUUCCAAACACGAAGAUAUCAAGGAAUGGGUUCUGGCGGCCUCAGUAGACGAUGCACAUGUCAAAGAGCUUGUCUAUGAUAGCCGAGGAGUAUUUGAAGCUUCACUAACCGAUAGAUCAGGAGACACCUCCGACCCUUGUCUAGUGACUGGUUACCCUGUCAUUGAUAGCACAGUUCAUAUUGGAAGUAUGGUUGCCGAGAAAGACAAUUUGAACAAGUUCCUCGUCGUUAUCAAAUCUCAUCAAACGGAGAACUUAUUGAAUGUGCAAAAUUUUGUGGCGCGAUGGGCUGGAUCACCGCUGGCUAUCUCGUUGUGA